UGACAACUAGUGUGUCCCAACUCUCCGGCAGUGAACUGAGGAGUAAAAGGGCUUGCAUUUCGUCUUCAACCUUCAUAUCAACUUUGUUAAGCUGAUUUACAAUCCCCUUGAAAUUGUUCAAGUGCUCCAUCAUGCUCUGGCCAUCCUUGUACUCCAACUUUACCAACCGUCGAACAAGAAGAGCUUUGUUUCGAGGUGUUUUCUUUUGAAUCAUGGAUUCAAGUUUUGUCCAUAAUUCAAAAGCAUUUGUGUAGGUAGAGACAUGUUCAAAAAGAGAUCGGUCGACAUACUUACGGAUUACGGCAACCGCCUUUCUAUUAAGAAUCUCCCAUGCUUUAUCAUCCUUUCCUUCCGGCUUAUCCUUCAUGAUGAUGGGCUCAUGCAAAUCCUUACAAUAAAGGUGAUCUUCCAUCAUCGGUUUCCAAUAAGAGAAGUUGUCCGUCGUGAGCUUGAACAUGUCACCUUCAAAGGUAACGGUGGCCUCCAUCUUGAAUCUCACGGGUCUUGAUGUUAUGUUUGAACCUGGCUCUGAUACCAGCUGUUGGGAAAAUUACCCAAUAUCGAUGAGAUGAAGAUGGUAUUAGACAACUAGAAAAUUUAAGAAGAAGACUCUUAAUAUUUAGGAAAGGGUUUACUACAAAGAUUUUGUUUUUGGAAACUCUCUCUUACAAAUAUUUUCUCUCUUUGUUUUUCUUGAUUCUUGGAUGAUUACAAAUGGUGCUAAGCACCCCUAUUUAUACAAGUGAAGGAGCACACUCCAACAAGUUCUAGAUUUCUCUAAAUUAUUAUUUAUUUCAAAAUAUCUAACUCCAUAACUUUCUCUCUUCUUCUACACAAUUCUUCUUCUAUACUUCUCCACUUUUCUCUAGAUGUUUCUUCUUCUUGGACUAAGGCUUGAUUAUGAUUUGAUUAGUUUUGGGCUUAAGGAGGGAAAUCCAACAAAUCUCCCCCUUCCCGAUUUAGCCCGAAACAGUCGCCAUGCCUGUGCCUUUGCAGCAAUCUUCAAACUUCUUGAUCGGUAAUACUUUGGUCAUAAAGUCUGACCAAUUUUCGUCGGUGUGUACCUUUGUGAGAUGUAUGGGCUUCUCUUCCAGAACUUCUCGGAUCCAGUGAUGUCGGAUAUCAAUGUGCUUUGAGCGAGAGUGAAACGUUGGAUUCUUUGCUAAGUGAAUAGCACUUUGGUUGUCACAUAGCAUGUUGUACUUGUCUUGCUUUACUCUCAACUCAAGCAAGAAGUUCUUCAUCCAUAGCAUCUCCUUGCAUGCUUCCGUUGCUGCGAUGUACUCCGCUUCCGUUGUGGAUAAGGCAACACACUUUUGUAAUUUCGAUUGCCAGGAAACAGCUCCCCCUGCAAAGGUUGUCACAAAUCCUGAUGUUGAUUUCCUUGAAUCUUUAUCACCAGCCCAAUCUGCAUCGGUGUAACCGUUCAGCUCAAAAAUUAUGAUUUGUCAGUGUGAACUCUUCCUCAUUCACUGCCAUUUUUGAAUUAUUUGGGUUGUUAUAUUUUUUUUGCUACUAGAAUAUAUCAUCUGAAUAUGAAAACAUCCCUUUCUCACCAGCUCUUAAAAAGAAUCAUCUGAAUUAAUUAUUUAAUUUUUAUACUGAAAGCUACUGCAUUUUUAAUUUACCUCAUCAUCAGUUAGUGAUUUAUUAAGUAUGUACAUUAUUAUACAUUUAAAAUAUUUGAUAUAUGUAUUAAAUUUUGCGUAACAUAUAUAGGAGUACUAUGCUAAUGAUAUGGACAACAAUAGUUACAAAAACACAUUAUUAGUAGCAUUAGCAUAAUCCAUUAUCAACAAUAACCACAUUGACUAAAUCGAAAGACUCUCCCUAAUUUUUGUUGUAUUUUUCCCUUGUUUUACUCAUUACCUCAAUAUUGUUCAUAGACUCAGUUUCACAUGUAAAGUUCAACUUCGGGUUUCACUUAUAUAAACUAUAUAUAGAUAGACUGGUCGUAUUUUUCUCUUCAACAAAUAAUUCUCCUUUUCAGUUCUGUGAUUUGAUAUUUCAAAAAUAUGGUUGAAGAAGUAUUAUCUAAGGUAUUUUGGGUUGUUGCUGCUACCGUGUUUGCAGCUGCAACGGUGGGUUACACGCAACAAGUGCCAUGUUACUUCAUCUUUGGAGAUUCAGUUUUUGAUAGUGGCAACAACAAUAACUUGCAAACUAAGGCAAAAGUUAACUUUUUACCUUAUGGUAUUGACUUUGCCAAAGGCCCGACUGGCCGGUUCACCAAUGGCCGCACUAUCACAGAUUUUAUCGGUGAACUCUCGGGUUUCAAGGAUUUCAUUCCGCCAUUCGCCGGAGCAUCACUAGAACGAGCUCACAUCGGGAUGAACUAUGCUUCUGGUGCAGGCGGACUCCGUGAAGAAACUAGUGAACAUUUGGGUGGUCGAAUAAGUCUAAGAAACCAAAUACUAAACCACAAGAAGGUGAUAAAGAAAGUGAAUGUGCCAUUACAUAGACUGGAACAAUGCCUCUAUGCAAUCAGCAUCGGAAGCAACGAUUACGUCAACAACUACUUCAUGUCAAAACCAUACAACACGAGUCGCCGGUUUAAGCCCAAUCAAUAUGCACAUUCUCUCAUCUUACUCUAUCAUACUCAUUUGAAGAGUUUGCACCACUUAGGAGCGCGGAAAGUGGCACUUUUUUCAAUCAGUAAGAUUGGUUGCACACCAAAGAUGAUUAGGUCCCAUGGUGGCGGAAAAGGUUGUGCGAGAGAGGUGAACACUGCAGUGGCAAUCUUCAAUAAGAACCUAGAGGACCUUGUAAAAGAUUUCAAUAAGAACUUCCAUGGUGCUAAGUUCACCUAUGUUGAUAUUUUCUCUGGUGGAGAUCCCUUAGCUUUCAAAGUUUUAGGAUUUAGGAUUAGACACAAGGCUUGUUGUACAUUAUCUCUAGGGGAAGAACUUUGCGCACCAAACAAACCAAUUUGUGGAAACCGGAGUGAAUAUGUCUUUUGGGAUGAUAUUCAUAGCUCCGAAGCCACUAAUAUGAUGAUGGCUAGAAGCUCAUUUGAUGGACCUCUAGGUAGUCCGUACAGCAUUGCCAGCCUUUUGAAGCAAUAAGAAUCGUAGCACUACUUUUGUAGUUGGCUAAAUGAUGUGUUACUAUAUAAAUGUAACGAAUUUUAGAUUAUAUUGUAAUUUUCUCUUUGAAAUGGUUUUAACAAUUUACAGAAAUCUUCAGCAUCUGCUGCAUUCUUCAUCUGAAUAACAAAAUAUAGAAUGAAAAAAGAACUCAACAAAACAUCUAAGAAAACCCUUUUUAACAUCCUUAAAUAAGUUCAGACAAGUGGAUGUUCUGUCAUCUUUGUAUAUAUAGAGUUAUACACUUUUCUUAAUUUUCACGACAAAUAAAAACAAAAUGAAGAGAUAUCAAAUAUAUAUAUCUGAAAGCGGAGAGAUGAAGACCUCGAUCGGGGAAAUCCCUUGCUAUUUUUAAGUUCAAAGUUUGAUCAACGGAUCAAAGUACGAGCAGACCAAGAAGCAAGAACUUACGAGUUGUUUAGUAAUAACCUGAAAGCUCUAAACUGGUCAUAAUUGCGAUGUAGAGUAGAACAACUUCUACCAGAACAAUACCAGAGAUAGAGGAAAUGACAUUAAUAGUAAUUAGUAAGAUUGGAAAACCUGUGAAAUAUAAUCUUCUUAACUAUUAAAACUGAAGUACAUUUUGUACUCAACCAUGACUUUUCUUAAAUAAUUACUUUGCAUGCCACUGACUUAUGAUUUCAGUUUUCCCCAUUGACCUACACCUAUUUUAAUUUACAUUGACCUAGACCUAUUUUAAUUUUUAAAUAUCUCUCUCCCUUGAGCCGAUAACCACAUGUUUUUUUUUCAAAUUCUCAAAGACUAUAAAUCCCUAAUUCCCCGAUUAAUUUGUACGACCUGAUUUCUUCAUCUACUUCAAUCUUUCUUUUGAUAUUUCAUCUAGUAAAAUUCCGAUUCUUCUUUUGCUAAUUGUUCAUCUGAUUCAUAUCCGUUGAUUCGUCUGAUUGAAUUCAAUUCGUUUUCACUUUUCGAUUGAGAAUCUAUGUCUAAUUUGGGUUUAGAUUACUAGACUAUGUAGAUCUAGCUUGUUGAGAUGAGUUUCCGUCAGAUCUUUGAUUUGCAUAUAUAAGGCUUGAAUUUUAUAUAUUUAUAUAUAUAUAUAUAUAUGUGCCAUGAAUUUAGUGCUUGAUUUGUUAAUUUUGAUUGUAUUUUCCAGAUUUAAUAGCUGAAGAUGGCGGACUCUUUGAAUAUGUCUCUUGAUGAUAUGGUUAAGAGGAGAAAGGCCGCUAAAAGUCUGGUGGUAAAGGAAUUUCCCGCAGUGGAGCAAAAGGUGUAACACUACUAGAAAACACGCUACAUUCUGACGGACAUUCCGACAGACAAUAUUUUCGUCGGUUUUCUUUGACGAAAUUCCGACGAAACAUAUAAUUUCAUGAACGUAAGGUCGUCGGAAAUAUCCGACAAAAUUCCGAUAGAAUAUUAUAAUUUUGGGGUUUCGAUAGGGAUUUGAAGUUCGUCGGAAUCCCAUCGAAAUAUUCCGACGGAAUUCCGACGGGGUUUUGACUUUCGUCGGAAUGUCGUCGGAAUAUCCCAACGGAUUUCCGACGAAACAGAUUUUAGAUUUGCAAAGUUAUUAUAAAUGUAUAAUUGGAUACUUAAAAUAUCCAAAUAACACAUAUAUAAAUUUAUAAUAUGAAAUUAGUUCACACCGUUAAAUUUUUUCAUAUAAAAAAAUUAUUUACGUAAACAUAUCAACGUAUUCGUAACAUCUUCCAAUAACACUUAUAUACUUAUACAAACAUAUUACAGUAAUAUGAGACUAGAUUUUGAUUUUGUAUAAUAUCGAGUGAAACAAGUAAUUAUUUUAGUUAAACCUCUUAUAAAUCAUUUACAUACUAUCAAAUAUUUAUAUGUGAUCAUUAGAUUGUUGUUUUGAAACCCCAAAUUCUUAUUUCUCCGAAUUCCAUCGGAAAUCCAUCGAAAAUUCCGACGAAAUUCUGACGGAAAAUACCGACGAAAUUCCGACGGACUUUAACCCCGGCAAAUAAAAAGACAUGCAGAAACUCAUAGUUUCUCGAGGCUUCCUUUGUCGAUAUUUUCGAAACAUUCUGACGGAAUUCCGACGAAAUUAAUGUGACAGACAGGAUUCGUCGGAAUUUUUCACUUUACACGGAAUUUUUCACUUUACCCGGGAAAAAAAUUCGCGAAAUUUAUUUGGUUAACCGGUUAAAAUAGAACCGACUGAAUUCCGAUGGAAACUGUCUGUCGGUUUAUUUUUAAUACAUAAGCCGACCCUUCUGCUUCUUCCUCAUUUUUUUUCUCUUCUUCUCUGCAAUCUCCGCCGUCGUACUCCUCUCUCUCUCACAAAUCUGCGAUUCCGACCCCAAAUCCUCCAAAUCUCUUCCUCAAUCAUGUAAGUCAUCUAAACCCCUCUUUAGAUUACAUUUUUUUUAGGUUUCGAAUGUUAGAUUUGUGGACUUUAGGUUUUGAAUCUGAAGAUUUAGGAUAGAAUUGAUAGUUUAGGAGUUAUAUGCUAUUAGAUUUUGUUUUAGGUUGUUGUUUUGUAUGUAGAUUGAAACUUUUAGACGUUAGA